AGCACGCUUUAUCGUGGCCUGUUUAAAUAUAGAAAUUCUACAGAAAAUGGCUGCAAAAGCUGUGGAAAAACUCGUCCGUGAACUUGUCUGUGCCGUUUGCAUGAACACCUUAAAGAACCCCAAAUCUCUCUCAUGCAGGCAUACUUUCUGCGAAGAAUGUUUAAAGCAGUGCGAUAAGGCAUCACAAGGCCGUUCAGGUGGUAUAAAAUGCCCAAUGUGCAGAGAGGUGACUACUCUUUCGAGAGAAGGUGUGGCAGGUCUCAAGUCCAAUCCGCUGAUUUACCGGGUUCUCGAAGUUCUUGGGGCAAAGAAAAACUCAACCCAAAUAAUAUGUGACGCCUGUGGGGACAGCGAAUCACCUCUGACAACUUACUGCCGAGAUUGUCUCCAUUUCAUCUGUGACUCAUGCGCUUCCUCUCAUGCUAAAAUGAAACUCUUGAUGAAAGAUCACCGUACAGUUCCCCUGGACAAGAUUGAGAACGGGACUAUCAAAAUCAAGUGGAUGGAAGAGGGCUUGUGGAGAAAGGCACACGAGUGCGAAGAGCAUGGCGGUGAACUGCGAAGGUUCUACUGCAGGACAUGCAAGAAACGUAUCUGCAGGGACUGUAUCGUUCUCGACCAUACCAAACCUGAUCAUGACUGCACCACAAUGCGGAAGAUGUUUCAGGAAACAAAGGAGAAGUUAACAGAUCGUCUGAAAAGCUGCGAGGAAAAGGAGGAACAUGUGAGCACCAUGUUAAAUGACGUGGAUGUACAAAAAACAGAAGCAAAUCAGAAGUUUCAUAAGAUGAAAGAAACUAUUCGAGACCAGAAAUCAAAGGCUGUUGACAAUUUGGAUAAAGCAGAGGAAGAACUUUUGCAGAAGGUUAACGAGUUGGAGGAAAAGCUUAACGUCAAACUACAAGCUUUCAGAGACAACAUGAACACAACAAAAGAAAAUCUCACGAGGGCGCAAUCAAAGGCUAAAGAGGUUGUUUCGGCAAAAGAGGUUACUGACAUAUCUAGAGGUCCCUUCUUACCUGAAGAUGUUCUCAAAGAACUCGAAGAAUUGAUCGCGUCAGAUGUCACUAUGACAAUUUCUAUGGAUCUCGUGGCUUUGAAAUCUACCAUGAUAGAAGGAUCGAAGAUGCCAGAGCAAAUGGCGCGCUUUGCCAAGCUGUCGUUGUCGCGUAUUUGGCGAGAGACUCAGAUGAUUCCGAUUCCUGAUAAAGACAUUGUGAACAUUUUCUCAGAUGGAAAGGCAAUGUACGUUGCUUGCAAGAAGGUGAUUUACAAGAAACUGUUGUCUAACGAAGCCAACCCGGCCACUUGGAUGAAGAUUCAACUUAAUGCAAGCAUCAAACAGGUGGUAGAUGUGGCCAUAUCAAUGAAGGACCAAGCCUUCUCUUUCAUUGCUGAUACCGACGCAGCUUGCACGCAACUCUACAGGUUCAAACUGGAUUAUUUCCCAACAUCUGAUGAACACACAACGGUCCCACCAUGUCCUCUGAAUCCCAGUGCAAGACUCACUGUUGAUUCCCAGUCCCUCAUCGUCGUUGCCGAUAACAAGCCAGCCAUAUCAAGUUCAAGUCAAGCAACCCCAUCAGGGUCCGAACCGGUCAGCGAAACAAAACAGAAAAAAAACGACAUCAUCUGCGAUAAAUGUGAAUGCACCACCUUUCUCUCCGGUUGUUAAAGGUAACUCAAAUAAGAGACCAAUGGCAGCGGCUGGUGGUGGAUUUACCUUUGGUAUGACACUGCCUCUACAGCAACCCUGCUUCACUGGCACAACCUCCAACUCUC